AUGAAUCUCCUGCAGGGCAGGAGCAAUCAGUAUCUGCGCGAGGCUAUCCUGGAGGGCAACGUGGAGAAGACGCGGCGGUACUUGACGAUCAAGAUCGGCAAGGCAGAUGUCGCGGCGCUGACGGACAGCGGCGGGUUCUCGAUGCUGCACUGUGCCUGUCUCGUCGGCAACACACAGAUCGCUAUGAUGCUUCUACAAUACGGGGCCGACGUGCUCGCCCUUACGGACGAUGGCUACACGGCACUGGAUCUGGCGAUCUGGAGAGGCCACUUGCAGAUCAUUGAGCUGCUCCGGUCUCAGGGCUGCGUGGCGCCCAUGAAAGAGCCCGAGAGUCUCAAUGGCAAAGUGAUCUUGCAUCUUGGUCGCAAAGCCACGGUGGUCUACUUUGAGCCGUCGACGAGCAUCCACUCGAGAAGUUUGCGUGGACUGUACUAUGAAGACAAAGGAGAAGCGAAGCUGGUGAACCUCUGGGCGGGAUCGGACUACAAGAUUGUCGGCUCGAACUUGUACUACGAGGAGCUCCGCAAGCUCGACUACCAGUAUGCAGAGAUCCCCGUGACGUUGUCAGAGGACUACGAUGCCAUGCUCCAAGGUGCACUCCAAGGCGCGGCUUUCUUCGACAACGACAGCGACAGCGAGAGUGACGAUGAAACUGAGGAGAUGGUAGAAGUACAAGUGCCCCCUGGUCUCUUAGGUGUGCUACUGGAUAGCAAGAUCCCGGAGUGCGCCGUCGUUCUGGGGUUCAAAAACCUUUCGAAUGGUGAAAAAGGCGCUAUUGAGCUGAGCAGGAACGUGCGCCCGGGCAUGUGCGUCGUGAGCAUCAAUGAAACCGACGUGUCGACGAUGACUCUGCAGCGGGUCACGCAGCUACUAGGUGAACUUGCCUGCAAGGAAAAGCUCAUUCGAUUCGCCGACUUCCGUGCAGGAUCGCCACGCAACCACAGCAGCGCGGACGCGACUUCUGAGACUUCCCAACCAGCGCUCGUCUGUCACGUCCACUACUUCACUUCAGUCUCCCGUGCCGGUCAGCGCCAAAGUGUCAACACUAACCUCCAGCCCCGCGAGCUUUUCCGCGCGCUUUGCAGACCUGGCCGCUUCCGUUUUGGAGAAGAAGUCACCUACUCCUCGUACCAGCAUCAUCUCGUCUGUGGAUGCUGGCACUCCAAAGGCCGCCGAGCGUACACGAGAAUGCAGUGCGCCUGCCACGACACAAGGCCGCGAAGAGUACCGGUGAAGAGAGCCUGGACGUACAUUAGUCAGUCACGCAGCUUUAUGCAAGAAUUUUUACUUUGGUCGUUGAUAGACUUUACUCGUUGUGUGCUCAGGUUUGCUUGGUGCAGACCUGUUCACGCACAGACUCAGGUUCUCUCUCGUCGCUAG